CAAGUUUAGUCUGACUGAUCUAACGUUGCAAACAAGCCUAAGAUGUCUGAAGAAUUAACUGCUCAAACCGAAGAAUUGUCCUUGGAAUCCAAGACUGUGUUCGACAACAAGGAAGAAUUCACUGCCAAGCACCCAUUGAGCAACAGAUGGACUUUGUGGUACACCAAGCCUCAAGUUAACAAGAACGAAAACUGGCACGACUUGUUGAAGCCUGUGAUCACCUUUUCGUCUGUAGAAGAGUUCUGGGGAAUUUACAACUCGAUUCCAGUAGCCAACCAAUUGCCUUUGAAGUCAGACUACCACUUGUUCAAAGAAGGAAUCAGACCAGAAUGGGAAGACGAACAGAAUGCCCAAGGUGGUAAAUGGCAAUACUCUUUCAACAACAAGCGUGACGCUGCUGGCGUCAUCAACGAGUUGUGGUUGCGUGGAUUGUUGAGUGUCAUUGGUGAAACUAUCGAAGACGACGAAAACGAAGUCAACGGUAUCGUGUUAAAUAUCAGAAAGCAAGCCUUCAGAGUCGGAAUCUGGACCAAAGAUUGCGACGUCAACAAGUUGAAGACCGUAGGUGAAAGAUUGAAGAAGGUGUUGCAAUUGAGAGAAGAACAAAAAGUCGAGUUCAUCUCCCACGAUGCAUCCAAUAAGAAGGGUUCUGCUUCCAUUGUCUUGUAAGCAACGUAGAAGUCUUCCAACAUGGAGAUACUAUAGUCAGUAUUUCUCAAAACAAGAACCAACUCUGGCUAUCAGCUCAGAUCUAUAAGCUCAGCUAUGGCUACUUCGAUUCUCUUGUUAUAUUAGCUGUAUACAUAUAAAUUUACGUCAAUUCUAGUU